AAAAACCUGCAGUAAUAUCCUCAAUUAAAGCAAAGUCCACUGUCACUCUUCCCUUAAAAUUAGAGCAACCCCUCCCUCUAUUCCUCUCAUCUUUUACUGCUACCAUGUCGUAAAAGCUUUCAUCUUGGAAACAAAUAGAAAAGUAGAGAGCAGCUGAGUCUGUGUAGAGAAGAAAACGGUCCCAUACAACGAAUACUUCUCUCUCCUCUCUACAUCUAUUGAAGGAAACUGGGGCAGGUGAAGAAGCAAGGGGAUCAUCAUGCAACCAGCAACUAGAAGAAGGGCUAUAAUUAGGAAUGGGGUGAUGGCCGGCUCUGUUUGGGAGACGAGGAUGAAGAUGGAUGAGGUGCAGGGAGGAAUUAAGGUCUUCAAUGCUGCCGGUGAAAGCCGUGAUGAUGAGGAGGGGCUGCGGGUUUACCGGAGGCUACGAAGAAAUCAGAGCGGUGGUUUGGAUUUGGAGAAGAAGAAGAGGAAGAACUGGAAGCAACCUGAAGCGCAGAGGAGUCCAAUUCAGCUCAGGAAGGCAGAGUCAAUUGAAAUUGGUUCUAAGAGGGGAGUGGGAGAUAAGGGGGUGUUACUUAUCUGUGAUGGGCAGGGGAAUGAGAAGGAAAUGGAGGAAGGGGAAGAAGAUGAGAAGAUUGAGAUGGAAGUGGAGGAACGGAGAAGGAGCUUUGAUGAUAAGGAGAUGGAUCUGCCCGUGGAGAAAGAGAUGAAGGAAGAGGAAAUGAAGAAGAUUGAAGAAGUUCAUGAGAUACAAGUAUCUGCACCACCUAUGGUGGUUGAUGCCAAAAAAGCUUCUUUUGUGGAAGAUUUCAGAGGCAAGGAUCCAGAUCCAGUGGAACAUAGCCAAGAAGCUGCAGAAGAAGAAGAGGUAGAAGAAGAAAUUUUGUUCGAGACCAUUUCUGGGAAUUCAAACAGGAUGCAGCACAUUGUUGAUUUAGUAAUGUGGAAAGAUAUAUCAAAAACCGCUUUUACUUUUGGAUUUGGAACAUUUAUCUUAGUCUCAUCUUCCUACGCCAAAGAUCUCAACUUCAGCUUGAUUUCUGUGAUUUCAUACUUGGGGCUUCUGUAUCUCGCAGCAAUCUUCUUCUUAAGAUCCAUUUUUCGGAGGGGAGAAGAGGAGGUGGAGUUUUUAGAUGGCGAUGGAAGCUGCUUGGUGGGAGAAGAAGAAGCCGUCUGGAUCCUAAGAAGAAUUCUUCCUUAUAUAAACGAGAUUCUCUUAAGAACCAGAGCGUUGUUUUCAGGUGACCCUGCAACAACAAUGAAGAUGGCAGUAUUUUUGUUCGUUAUGGGCAGGUGUGGAAGCUCCAUUACCCUGUGGACUCUCGCCAAACUGGCAUUUUUCGGAGUUUUUACCGUGCCCAAAGUUUUGUCGUCUUAUUCAUUGCAGCUCGGACGUUACGGAAAAUUUUGGCUAGAAAGAUUUCGAGAUGGUUGGGAGACAUGCACACACAAAAAGUUGAUAGUCAGCGCUAUUUUCACCCUCAUAUGGAAUUUAUCUUCCACAAUUGCUCGAAUAUGGGCCGCAUUCAUGUUAGUCGUAGCCAUACGACUAUAUCGUCAACAAGCAGCAUGGGACGAAGAAGAUAUUCCAAUUGAGCAAAAUUCUCAUCAUCAACAACACAAUCACCAACAACAACAACAGCAACAACAACAACGACGACGACAAAAUAUUAGACGAGACCUGAGCUUAAUAAACUCAAGAAAAAUACGUGACUCGGCAACCAGAGAAGCUUAGGUACAUAGUUUGUGAGACAGCCCUCCACGAAAGAUGAGAGAGGAACAUGGAGUGAACUAAGAGGGUAAAAAUGUAGCGGCACAUUAGAUUCUCCCAGCUUUUUAUGCCUUCCAUUUAUUUAUAAUUAGCUGUUCAUGUGAGGCCUCCUUUGUCUGUGGUGCGACAACCAGCAAUAAUGAUAAAUGGAUAACAUGUGUGACACAAUUAUCAGCCUCACCAUCUGCCUUGGAUUCUUCAUCAGCUAGUGAAUUUUAUAUAUUUAUAUGGUAGUGAUUCGGAUAAUUAAUGUCUUUUAACCACUUUAGUGGUACCAAUUUCACAUGGUGAAGCGAUUGCUGUAAAGUAGGUUGUCAAUUUGAGUUCAUGAAUCGG